AUGAAGCCCUCAUUGCUGCUUCUGUCUCACCUCUGCCUGUUCAGCCUCAUGCCUCCCUCGUGGGCAUCAGACUCAGCACAAGGUGCCUCCAGCCUCACUUGUUGGUAUGACUCACGGGCAGCUCUCUUCUGCGACUGGGACCCGGGCAGGGACCUGGCUGAAGCACCGUGCCAGCUGGAGAUUUCAUCAAAGAAAGGCUUUUGUGACAGCUCACUGGAGUUAUAUCCCUCACCUGAAAAACGCAAGAAGCACUGCAAAUUACCCAAGGCAGAGCAUAUGACAGGACUGAGGAGAUGCAUCAAAACCUUCAACCAAAAUGUUAAUAAUCAGUGCUUCACCAUUUCAGACCGUCUUAACUUGUCUGUCCAUUGUCGCACUGGAGAGAAUAAAACCAAAAUACCUGAACAAAUAAAAAACUUCAAUCCAUUUGCAAAUAUAAAGCUGAGGCCUCCAGGAGACCUUCAGCUGGUUAACAUAACUGAAAACACCUCCAACCUAACCUGGAGCCUGAAUAUUUCCUCUCACUAUUUGGAUGGGAGGCGGGAGUACCAAGUGCGGUUCCGACACGUGAGUCAGUCCUGGGAGGAGGCUGCAAACUUGCCUAUUGAACAGGACCAGAUGUGGGCAAAUUUUGAGAGACUCUCACCCAACUCUAAAUAUGAGGCAGCUGUCCGUGCAAGGCCAAGCGCCAGGAGCAACUACAAAGGUGUGUGGAGUGACUGGAGCAAGCCGGUCCUGUGGAGGACACAUGCUGACCAUAAGGGAACAUCCCAGCCAGUCCUGCCAGUUCUGAUAGUGAGCACUUUCAUCUUUGUGAUCAUUGGGACUGCCUUCCUCAUUAACUUACGGACCCUGAAAUGGUUUAAGAAGAUCCUGAAGAUUCACAUCCCAGACCCCGAGAAGUUUUUUCCCCCACUUGUUUCGGUUCACAGAGGUGACAUUCAGAAAUGGCUCUCGUCCCCAUUCUCCACAUCUUCCUACUGCGUGAACAGCACAAUCCCAGAGAUCUCCAUGCUCGAGGUGAUACAGAAGAAUGACCAGGAAUCCCGGUUUCUACUUUCCAAGGGAGCCCUGACUCCUGAUCCUCCCAUAGAAACCAGUGUGCACUCUGGGUCCAGCUGCUUCACCAACCAAGGCUACUUCUUCUUCCACGUUUCCAACUCCUUGGAGAUUGAGCCCUGUCAGGUCUACUUCACCUACGAGCCUUUCAACCAGGAGGGCAGUGGCAGCAAGGAUGGCGACUGCUACCAGGCUCUCCCCUCUCCAGACCUCUGCACACUGGCAGAGGACAUGAAUGUGCUGCCCAACAACUUCUUUCACUGUAUCGAGGCAAGCCAGGGCUCCCAAAAGAGCAACUUCAUGGAAGAGAUAGCUGGUGAAGCCCAGCAGGCCAUGGCUGUUCCUGGGGCUCUCCAGUCGAGGGAAGGCACUUCACCAACACCACUUCUGGAGCAGGAUGAGAAGGUGAUGCACAAAGCAGCUUCACAGCCAGCUGGGGCUGUGUGCCAGCUGGACACUGACUUUCCUGACCCACUGGACCCGCAGGACAGCGACACUGUCAGUGUAACCGAGGGCAGUGGGAAGGGGGGCCCUCCAGCUGACCCCUGCACACCAGCAGCAAAUGCUGCCUCCUCCUCCUCCCACCCUCCACAGCCUCCACCUCUAAUGCAAAGACAGGAUGAGGAGCCAUGCAAAACAGCCUUCUCCAGCCAGGUCCCAAACACCGGUGCCUACCUUUCUCUGAGGGACCUCCAAAGCCAGUACAGCCAUUGCUCUGUCUAG